CUUCCCGCCGCCCUGGCCCCGGCCCGUAGCAGUUGCAGCUAAACUUCCCACCAGGCCUAUGGAGCCACGAGGGAUUGUCAAAGCCUUUCCCAAGAGGAAGAAGGUGAGGGAUGACUCAGGGAAAAGUGCCCCUCCAAAGAUCCCAAAAGAGGAAGGAACAGAGAUACCUGAGGCAGAGUGGCUGAAACCAGUCACUGCCUACGUGUUACAAGCUGGCAUCGGCCAAGCCAGGGCGGAGAUCUUCCACAAGCAGAUCGUCCAGAAUGGGGGUGUUGUACACAGCCAGCUCUCCUUGGAGGUGACACACGUCAUUGUGGCUGAAGACAUGGACUGUGAUCGGGCCUUUCGGCUCCUUAAAUUAACCAAACUACCUUCAGGGUUGCAGCUAGUGAAGGCAUCCUGGCUAAGUGCUUGCAUUAGAAACCAGAAGUUGCUGAGUACUGCUGGGCACACUGUCUUUAUCCCUCGCAGGUACUUGAAGGAGGGAGAACUGCAGAAAGAGCAGCAACAGCAGGUCCUUGGCAGUGAAGAGAUCCAGCCCCCAGCAGAGGAGGGAGCAGUGAAACCAAAUACUGAAGCACAGGUGGGGGAUUCCUCGAAGCAAGGCCUAGGCACCCUUGGACAGCAGCAGCUGACUGAGAAAGACUCUGCUGAUGAAGACAGUGAAGGAGAAGAUGCUAGUGUUACCCAGGGGGAUCUGGAAGCAUUGAUUUCUGGCUGCUACCCUGUGAAAUCAUCAGAGGAGACCAGUGACAACUCUUCCACAGUGGCCCAGCCUGCCAGCAAGUGGGUUUGUGCCCAGUCCUCCAACAGCAAGAAGGAGAAUCACAACCAAUGCAUCACAGAGAAGCUGGAAGUGCUGGCAAAGGCCUACUCUGUCCAGGGGGACAAAUGGAGAGCUCUGGGCUACUCCAAAGCCAUCAACGCGCUCAAGAGCUACCACAAACAAGUCACCUCCUACCAGGAAGCCUGUAAAAUCCCUGGGAUUGGGAAGCGGAUGGCAGAGAAGAUCCUGGAGAUCUUGGAGAGUGGGCACCUGCGCAAGCUGGAUCACAUCAGUGAGAGUGUGCCCGUGUUGGAAUUGUUUUCCCACAUCUGGGGAGCAGGGGUCAAGACAGCUCAGAUGUGGUACCAGCAGGGUUUCCGGACACUGGAUGAUAUCCGCACCAAGGCAACUCUCACCAGCCAGCAAGCUGUGGGGCUGAAGCACUACACUGAUUUCCUGGAGCGCAUGCCUCGGGAGGAAGCUGCAGAAAUAGAACAGACCGUCAGACAAGCUGCCCUGGCCCUGAAGCCUGGGCUCGUAUGUGUGGCAUGUGGUUCCUACCGUCGGGGGAAGCCCACCUGUGGAGAUGUGGAUGUGCUGGUCACUCACCCAGAUGGGCAUUCUCACCGUGGGGUGUUCAGCAAGCUGCUCGACAGCCUCCACAGGAGCGGCUUCCUUACGGAUGACCUGGUGAGUCAGGAGGACAACGGUGAUCAGAAGAAGUACCUGGGGGUGUGUCGCCUCCCUGGGCAAGCCCAGCGUCACCGCCGGCUUGACAUCAUUGUGGUGCCUUACAGUGAGUUUGCCUGCGCCCUGCUCUACUUCACUGGCUCAGCUCACUUCAACCGCUCCAUGCGGGCCCUGGCCAAGACCAAGGGCAUGAGCCUGUCGGAGCAUGCCCUCAGCUCGGCUGUGGUGCGAGGCCCUGGAGGCGUCAGGUUGGCUUCUGGUCGUACUCUGCCCACUCCCACUGAGAGAGAUGUCUUCAUUCAGCUGGGGCUGCCUUACCGGGAGCCCUCCGAACGGGACUGGUGAUACCCAGUUUUCACCCAGCACCCUGGGCCCACUGCCGUGCUGCUGUUUUGAAGGGUGCUGCUUUCCCCCGUGCUGCUCUGUUGACUGCAAACUGGGGAACAUAUCCCAGCAAACUGGGGCUCCUUGCAAGCACGGGGCCCUGCUGCUGGCAGAGCUGUGUGGCUUCGCCCAGCGGAGACCAUGGGCUGGAACCACACUAGAAGCAUUGCCUGAUGCCUCAGGCAGCCCCUGGCUACCAAAAGGGCUCGCUGCCCAUCAGCUACCCUGGCCCUACUCUCCGCAGGGAAGCUUCAGAAGGCUGGGCUGCAGAGCCCUGUGAUCCAGCCCCUCCCAGUGCUUGGGAACAGGGGAAGUGGGAUGCAUCUUCCUCCAUGUCUGAGCACAGACAGUCCAAAAUCUCUGUCCUGAGCUAUGCAUGAAGGCAGCAGGGGUCUGGCUUGGCCCUGGAACAGGCCUUCCCCCUUCUCACUACUACUGGCAGCUGCUGCUGUGGGAAUCACAAAGGGUCCCCCUAUGCUGCUGCUGUGUCCUUCCUCCAUCUGAGCUGACUUGUGUCCUCUGAUGGGUCUCACUGCAUGGGCACGGGCUGCUGUGACUGCCACCAGCUUCCCUUGGUGCCAACUAAGCCUUGAAGGAUGCGUACGGACCUGAUGAGCUGUGCCUGCUUGCUCUCAGCCUCUCAUGUGCCAAGGAUCCUCUGAUCACAGAGAGCUGUGAUCCCCCUGGUCUGGCCCCGACGGCUCCUUUCCUCUCGGUGCAGGAGAGGAGUGGAACUCACAGCUCAGGGAGCUGUGCUCAGGAAGGAUUUGAAUGUAAUGGCACUGAAUGUAACCCAGCAGGGCUGUGUGUUCGUGCAUAGAAGGCAUGGAGGCAGAGAGAAAUGUGAAGAGAUAGUUGAGUUCUAAUUUGGGCGAAGCAAAGUUUUCCCAUUUUGUGUGUGUGUAAGCCAUGGAGUCAUCUGGUCUUUGAUCAGAGAAAGUGUGUUUGUGUGAGUUUGUGUAUGCAUGUACAUGUGGCUGGCCCUGUCAGUUCCAUGGGAGUGAAUUUUAUUUCUUGGGAAACGUCAACUAUUUAAUAUUCUGGAGAUGAAGUUCCCAGAGACUUUCAGUGCUCUGUCUGUUACGGGUGUUGCGGUGGUUCCUCCUGGCAGAGGUGCUGCUCUGCAGCAUCAGCUGCCAGGAAUGCCAUGGUGGGCGUUUCUGUGCCAGGACCCCAGGGCUCCCUCUGGGCAGUCCCUGGGCCUCACCUGGCCUCCUGCUCCCUUGUCUUGUGGGGCACCCAGCCACCCCCACUCUGCACUCUGCUGUGUCUUCAUCACAUGCAGUGACAAGCUGCGUGUUUGUUGCCAGGGCAGGCACAAGGGCAUUAAACCUGGUGGGUUUGCACAGUUUCUUGCUGCAGUGUCAGCCAUGGCUGCUGGGCACCAGUAGUGGGGCUGGGGUGUUUGCUGGGGAGGCCUUGACCCUGGCAGUGUCAUUUGUCAGCCCAGCCU